AUGACGGCAUUAUCGGACAGUUUAGCUAGAGAGGAAAUUAUUAUUUAUAUGGAUAAUGCUCCAAUCCAUAAAAAACAAGGAAAUUUUGAAGGCGUGAGAGUAGAACAUACAAUUCAAAGAUUUGAUGCACCAUAUUCUCCGCAGCUAAAUCCAUGCGAAAGCUGUUUUUCGAUUAUCAAGGCUGGGAUUAAGAAAUAUUUAUCCAAUCACAAUAAUCCUCAUAACGAUGUUCAUGCAGCAGGAAAUGGAACGCUGACCGUCAAAAUUGAACGUCGCAUUUUCAAAAUUGGUAUAAAAAAUGUCAAACUUGAACUGAAAAUGAUCCCUUCCUGGACAUUCAUUAUGGCCACAGUCUGCCUUUUCCUAUACCAGACACUUGAUGCUAUUGACGGGAAACAUGCCAGAAGGACGGGAAAUGUGAGUCCUCUCGGAGAAUUGUUUGACCAUGGAUGUGAUUCUUUGGCCACUGGUAAACAGUUGAAUUUUAAAAGUCAACUCGACGUCACUGAAUUUCAGCUGUUUAUCAUGGGUGUUUACGGAUUGACGAGUUACUUUGGACAGAAUAUAUGGACUGAUGUUAUUCUGUUCGGAUUGUCACUGCGAAUGUAUCUAUUUGUCACAGUUUUUAUUUUUUCUUGGCAUACAAUAUUUGCUAAAAUAUCGAUUAUUUUUAAAGGCGGGGUCGGCCGCAAUGGCUCAAGUGUAGCAGAAACAAGUGUUAUUUCUCCCGCCAUUCCCUUGUUUAUUUCUGUGGUUUCGUCUUACUAUGUUGUUUGCUUGUACGAUGAUUAUUUCGCAUCAAGACCACUAUUUUUACUGCUGGUACUGUCAAUAUCACCUGUGAAGCAAAGUACAGACAUAAUCUUAAGAAGAAUGACUCGUAGUUCUUUAACUAUGUUUGAUUCAUGUCUACUGACUCAAUUGAUUUUGAUUUUAAAUGCCCGUUUAUCACGCCUUUUGAAUUUUGAAUUGCUAUUUGUUAUAUGCGUGAUGUAUGCAUUGUGGGAUUAUUGUUUAUAUAUCUACUCGGUCUGCUAUCAAAUUAGUUCUUUCCUUGGGAUUCAUGUUCUCUUCGUACAAAAAUCUCAACAAGUGAUCAACAAAUCUCUCUAA